AUGCCUGAGGAAGCCAAGAAAGAACAAGAAUCGCUCAAGGACAAGAUCCUGCAUCCUGGAAAGCACGAAGAAGGGAAAGCGUCUUCCACGGGCGAGAAGAAAGGCGAGAGUAAGCUGGGGAAGUUUGAGGAGUUUGUCAAAGAGGACGCGAAGAAGGAGGCGAAUGACGAUAUCUGGGGCUCUGAGAUUAAGUGA